GAAAGUGUGAAAUAUAAGGUUGUGUAAAGAGUUUCAGUCAAUCUGUCUGCACAGUCGUGAUGAGUUCAACUAUCAGUUUUCCUUUCUGCCUUGCGCUGUUUUUGCUCUGCUUUAAUGCAGCAACUAGCCUGCGUUUAAACUGCUGUUUGAGUACUAGCAAGAUAAACAUACCUAUGAAGAAAGUUGUGGAUUAUACAGUCCAGAAAGCAGGAAUUUGCCCUAUCGAUGCCAUUAUUUUGUCCACCGUAAAAGGGAAAAGGAUUUGUUGUGAUCCCAACACUGAAUGGAUCAAAAAGGCUAUGAGAAAGGUGGACCAGAAGAAGCUGAGACAACAAAACUCUGAUUUAAAAGCUUUGCCAAAUCCAAAUGGCAACAGAAAAAAGAAAAAUGGACGCAGACAAAACUUAAACAAAAGUAAAAAUUGAUAGUUUUAUUUUUUGGUUGCUUCAGUAAUGUAAUUUUGAACUGGUGUCAGCUGAUAUGAACCUAAACUGUAAAAAAUAUCUGAAUAUUU